AUGUGUUACUCCGAAUCCACCCACUACACCUGCAAACACAGCCUAACCGACACAACCUCAAUUCGCCCUUGCACACCCGGCCGAGCCGGCAUCGAAACGACCUGUCCAAACUACACUCCCGAAAUCACCGAAUCCCUUGAAGAAUGCCACUGGUGCACCGAAGUAGACCAGUCUUUGCACGCCGAACUAAAGCGAGCUAGGAAUAAGAAGAGACUUGAGUUGGGACUCAAACCAGGUGAUGUCCCGGAGGAUUGGAUGAGGGAUAUCCUAUGGCCCGCCCCGAAGUUCGAGAUCAAGGAGGUGGAGAAUGGGGAGUAUAUCUCUCAAUUGCCAGAGCAUAGGUUUGGAGAAGUGGUUGAGGGUCAGCCGAGAGUUGUUUUGCCAAUGGUGUAUGAGGAGCCGUCUGCUGGGCGAUGUGAUGAGAUCCUUAGUGGUGUUAGAGGGUUCUUCUACUUUUGGUGUGGACCGUUGGCUAGACGGGGUUCUUGUUGUUAG